GAGGCAGAGGAAAGGCAGCCACUCUGUAAUUUUCCCAGCAGCCUCCUUAAAUCUAUGGGUGACAGUGUGGACAUGUUGUCUUCAACAGACAAGGAAAUGAGCUCAGAGCUUAGGAAACUUGCCCCGGGUAGCAAAUUAAAUUAAGGAUGAUGUAGAAGUGAACACAGCUUCAGACUGGAAGCCAUCCAAAAGGUUGCAAGAGAAAAAUCACCGGCUCUUUCAAAGCCUCGAAGCGUCCCACUACUGUCUCGCAGUAGUUACUGGAAGGCUGUGCCAGACUUCCUCUUCAUGCUCACCCCGUGAGCAAGCUGCACAGUGGAUUACUCAUUUUCUCUCUUGCCUGUGACUGAGGCUGUUUCUCACAUCCUACUCCUGGUUUCGUCGUCUCAAGGAUUUCUUUUGAAGGGCGGGGCAUUCCUUCACAUCCCUCCACCCUAACCGGAGACUGAAGUCUGGACCAAUGAAAGCAUAGUACCUCGUUUACUGGCACUAAAACUGGCGCUAUUUAAGUGGUAGCAGGAAUGAGCUGGGAAUCCUGUCUGCUUUCUCCUCAAACGGGCCAACUAUCUGAUCUGGGGCAUCCCUGAGCUGAAGAGAGGGAAAGGAGGGAAACCUGCAGGGCUCUGGCUGCCAUUAUGUGCUAUGGAAAGUGUGCAAGGUGCAUCGGACACUCUCUGGUGUGGAUUUCUGUCUUCUGCAUCGUAGCUAAUAUUUUGCUCUACUUCCCGAAUGGGGAAACGAAGUAUGCUCUUGAUGAUCACCUUAGCCGCUUUGUGUGGUACUUUGCCGGCAUCGUAGGCGGAGGUCUGCUGAUGCUCCUGCCAGCAUUUGUGUUCAUCGGGCUGGAGGAAGAUGGCUGCUGUGGCUGCUGCGGCUUUGAAAGCUAUGGCAAGCGAUGCACAAUGCUUUGCUCUGUACUGGCUGCUCUCGUUGGAAUUGCGGGAUCUGGCUACUGUGUCAUUGUGGCAGCGCUGGGUUUGGCGGAAGGACCGAAGUGUAGUGAUUACCAGGGUGUGUGGAACUACACCUUUGCCAGCACUGAGGGACAGUACCUUCUGGAUUCCUCUACAUGGUCUAAGUGCUAUGAGCCCAAACAUAUUGUGGAGUGGAAUGUAACACUGUUUUCUAUCCUCUUGGGCCUGGGUGGAACUGAAUUCAUCUUGUGUCUCACUCAAGUAAUAAAUGGAGUGCUUGGAGGCAUAUGUGGCUACUGCUGCUCUCACCAACAGAGAUAUGACUGCUAAAUGAACACAAGACAGGACCACACGCUUCCUUUAUUUCACUGUAAUUUGUAUAUUUUUCUUGUGUUACAAAACUUUGCACUGUUGUAUCAUAGUCCACACAUUCUGCUUUUAUAACGAAAUGUGCUGACAGUCAUAUGACGUCAGUGUUUACAUUUAUAAAGAAAACUUUGUUCUAAAGAAUGAGGCAGCAAACUGCACUCGUUCUGAAGGUGUUUUACAGACUGAAUGACUGUUCUCAGAGUAGCUGAAAUGAACUCUUUAAUGUUUAAGAUAAAAAUCACAUCAACUACUGUGCA